GCCAAUCUCUCUAUAAAUAUAAUCACUUGUAGUUAGCAUCACCUGAAGCAAACAAUUCACUCUCAUUCUCUGUUUCUCUCUUAGCACAAUUCAUCAUCUUCGAUCUCUGACUUUUUUAAUUUUGUGUGUUAAGUUCUUCUCUUUCUUGUCGCAAACGAAACUAGGGUUUUGAUUCAUUCUUCUUCGAUUCUUCUACACCAUGGAAACCGAAACUUUGAGAAUACAAGUGGCUACGAGGAUGUCGAACCUACCUCCGAAUCUAGGGUUCACGAGUGCAGUCAUAAUCAAACUACACGAAGUGAUCGAAGAGUUGCUCGAAGAUGUUACUGGAACAACGCACGUGGCAUCGUAUGUGGCAUCACUGUCUCCAAUCUCUAGUGUUCUCCUGAAGCCACGUAGCUUCUUACCAGAAAAGCUCUCUCGUCUCCUUCGUCGUCAACUUAACCGUGAGACUCCUUUUUGUGAAUUUUUGGCUGAGAAAAUCUCCUUUUGUCGGUUUUCACGUGCUAAUUACACUCUUUAUCAAAGACCUUUUCUCAUGUCGGUGAACGUGAGAGUCGUCAAAGAGGUUCGGUUUGUUUUGUCCUCUGUUUCUGCUCCGUUGAGUUGUGCUCCCGUGGAUGUGUUUCAGAGAUUGCUUGAGGAACAAACUGUGGAACCGGCCAGGGAUUUGGAUGAGUCGUGUUCAAUCUGUUUUGAGAAGUUGUCUGAAUCGUCAUCGGGGAGUCAUCAUAACAGCAUCAUUCAGAUGCCUAAGUGUUUGCAUUCGUUUCAUCAAAACUGUAUCUUUGAGUGGCUUGCUCGUCACAAUUCGUGUCCCUUGUGUCGCAGAGUUCCGUUCGAAGAGGAUCAAGAUUAGGGCUAGGGUUUUAGAGGUUUGUUUUCUAGUGUAAAUCUGUUUGAAUUCUUUAUUGUUUCCGUAUGUAUCAAUGUUUAUGAACAGAGACUCUAAGAUUAGGCUAAUUAGGCUUAGGGUUGAUUCUAGUAUAUGUUUAGGUAACGGUUUUGAAAUUUGUUUUUGACUUCUUGUGGGAUUCGUAUGUAACGUAGUCUUGCUUGUUUUCGUAUUGUUUGGCCUUUGAUAUAUGUUUUGUAAG